CCUAGGUAAAAAUCUUUCAUGAAAAAUAACCAUGCACAUAAGACAUGUUCACCAUAGAAAAAUUAGAAAGUAAAGUAUGGAGAAAAUUAAAAUUAUAGUUCCUAAAGUCAGACCUAAACUACUAUAAUCAUUUUGGUUAAUUCUAGUUUCUUUAUUUUUAUGUCCUUUCAGUCUCUCUCUUUCCUUCUCUCUGUCUUUCUGUGUGUGUGUAUAUAUGAUACAUGUUUAGACAUAUGUAUAGAUCUGUACUCUGUGUGUAUGUGUGCAUGGGUAUAUGUAUCUAUAAAAUUGGGGUUAUUUUAUAUGAAAUAUUUUCUGUUCUUGUCCAUGUAAUAUUAUGAACAUUUCUCCACAUCAGUAAAAAUUCUAAAAAUUGAUCUUUAGUGAAUCUACAGCAUUCUAUUCUGAGAUUAUCUCAAAAUUUAUUUAACCAUUCCCCUAUUGUUAAACAUUUAAGUUUUUCUUAUUUUUAUUUUCCUUUAGUAAUGUACAUACUUUGCAGUGAACCUCUCUAAUAAAAAUCUUUGAGUAUAGCUCCUGUUUUUUUGAAGAGUUGUAACUGCCACUGCAGUAGGCCUCUUAAAACUUGCCUGGCAAAACUUAUAACUACCUGUCUUCCUCAGUAAAAAAAACACCAGUUUUACCACUGAACAUUACUGCAAUGUAGGACACUACAUUUCCUGUCCUCCCAAGUGGUGGGUAUGGCCAGAGGACUAAGUUACGGUUUUUGAGAUGUGAAUGGAGAUGUUGUGUGAGAGUUAAAAGGGAGCAGGGCAGGCUUUCAUCCUCUCUCCCCUGUUGCCUCCAGUGUUGAUGUACUAGCUGGAGUUCCAGUUGCCUUCUUGGAGUAUGAGUUGUUUUUGAAUAGAAACAAGUGUAUGGUAGAGCAAAAAGAUGGAAGGAUUUUGGUCUCUGAUUCAGUGGAGCUGCCACAUCAGCCUUUGAUUAUUAACAUGCAUAUUUACAAGGGAGAAAUAGAUUUUUUUCUCUUGUUUAAUUAUUUAUUUAAUUAUUGUUAUUUUUGGUUUGGGAGAGAUAUGACUUAAUCCUAGCUGAUGCAUUGUUUACUAUUGUAUAAUGCCACUAUAUAGUAAUGUAAUAUGUUGAAUAUAAGGAAAGAUGCACUGUGUAGUGGUAGAUAUUAGAUCCAUAUUACAGAGAACUGAAAUAUACUUUGAGACUGGAGAGAGAUUAGUUGGUGUCUAAAGGAAAGCAUUUACAAUGAUACAGAAAAUGCAUCAGUCCUGGAACCUUUUAAUAAUUGCUGAAGUGUAUUCUCAAAUGCUUUUAAUAAUUAUCAGAAAGGUUAUUCAGAAUACAUUUGAUAGCUUUUAGGAAAAAAAAACAUUGAGGAUUAUAUAUUAUAUUGCAUAAGUAUAAUCCCUUCCAACCCUAUAAAUUUUUAAUAUUAUUAAAUAUCUUGGCUAGUCACUUUGGCAAGGUCAGUUCAUAAAUUUAACUUUUAUUGCUCUCAUAUUUUGUUGGAAGAAUUUUGAUAUAGGAAGUUUUUGAAAAAAUUUUAAUAACUAGAUUUACUUUUUUUUGAUAUUGAUUCUAAGAAAGUUAAUCAUAAAUAAAGGAAAUAAAUGAAAGAUGCACAUUUUUAUCCAGGAUAUUCCUCUAAAUAUAAUGUUAUGUAUAGAAAAAAGACUUAGAAAGCACAUCAAAAUAUUGGAUGGAAUGACUAUUUCUACUUCUCUGAAACAAAUAUGUUUAAUUUUAUAAUGGCAAAACUAUAUACUACUAAAAAUUGUUUUACUUUAACCCAGGGUUUCCCAUCCUUAGGACUGUUGACAUUUUGGGCUGGAUGAUUCUUUGUUGUGGGGGGCUCGCCUGUGCAUCCUAGGAUGUUUAGCAGCAUCCCUGGCCUCUUUUCACUAGAUGCCAGUUUUGACAACUGAAAUGUCUCCUGACAUUGUCAAAUGUUCCCUGAUGGGCAAAAUCACCCCGAGUUGAGAACUACUGCUGUAACCAGUAUACCAUGUCUUAGAAUUCACGGUAUUUUUUUAGUUUGGGCUCAAAGUUAAGGGCUCUAUAGUUCAUUAAACAUGCACACUGAAGUCAGAUAGACAAAAUUUGUAUUUUCCCUGCUACUUGCGAACUUGGGGCAGUACACAGUGCCUACUGAACCUCAGUUUCCUUGACUGUAAAUUGGUGAAAUACUACCUGACUUGAAAGGUUGCUGUGAGAAUGUAUUAAGAUAAAUUACAUAAAACACUUUGAUGAAUGCUAUUUUUCUUUUCUUCAAAUGUGCUAUAUUGUUUGGAGUUAUCCUCUUAAAUGUGUCAAAAACCCUUUACAAAGUUCUUUUUUCUAUGGGAAAGGCUAUUAUACUUUGGGCUCAACUACUUAUAGAUUUCAAGAACUUACACUGGGGAUGCAUAAAAAUUUUAAAUGUUAAGUAAAUACUGAUUCAUGAGGUCACUUCGUUUUUGACUCUUUCUGAUGCUCUGAUUGUGAGUACUUUCAAAUUGUAUCGCUUAAGUGAUUUCACUGUGUUCUUUCAAGGACUUUGAGCUUCCCAGAUUGAGGAUAGUGUUAGAUGUCAUCCAGUCACUUUGUCCUUUCCAGUUUUUGUCUUCACAUCUGAAAUUCUGCCAAUUGUAACAGCUUGUGUGUCAGCUCCAGUAGAGGAAGAAGGCCUUCAUCAGUUUGAACUUAGUCCACUAAAGACUUCUAAAAACUUGACAUAGUUUACAAAUAAUAAUACUCACUUCCCAUUGUUACUUUGUAGAAUUAUAGAACAUUUCCACUAAUGAAUGAAAUGCUAUCUAUAAUAAUGAAGGCCAUUCUUAUUGUUCUCUUCCUGCAGAAAAUUUCUAAAGACUUGGGGAAGGUAGGAUAACUACCAGAAAGGCUGUAGCAUUAUUAUACUGUAAGUAUUGCUUUGAAAAAUAAGUGUAAGUUAAGAAUAUUUUAAGAGUCCAAUUGGAAUAUAUGUUAGGCAAAGAUAUGUAAAAUAUAAAGAAGGAUAUAUUAUAAUCAUGUUAAUAAUUUAUGAGAACUAAUCCUAUGCAGUCUUUUAAAAAUUAAAAUUGUGUUUCUGUGUAUUGAGAUGACGAUUUUACCAAUAGCAUUGAAAAAUUUUUCUAAUUCCAACAAGGAUUGAUCUAGUUUAUGUACAUUUGCUUAUUUAAAACUAUCAGAAUCCAGAAAAUCAUUGUAGUUUUGUAGGUUUGUGAUUUGUUUGCAUGACUUAUUGUUUAGGUUAUUUUGCAGAAUUAUUUAUUUGCUGAUUUAUUUAGGUAUUCCAUUAUUUAUUUAUUUGAUUAUUUAGUAAAUUAUUUAUCUGAUGAAUUAUUAAUACAUCUUCAUGACAUGCUUUAAAUUAUUUAUAACUUAAUUUUGAGUUUAUUGCUUUCAGACGCUGCAUUGUUACUGACUAGUUUUGAUUUUUUUCUUUGUGGUUCUUGAAAAUUAAAGUAUUAGCUCUAAGGCAAAAGUAUAUUCAUUGCAAUGCCCAAGGAUUUUUUUUUCUUGUCAUUUAUGAUAGAGAUAAAAAUUUCAGUUAUUCUUUGUUUAGCUUUAAAUAUACCUGUUUAGGGUUACCAGUGAUAGAAUGUUUGUGGGUUGUGUGCAUAUUUGUUGUACAGUCACUUACAAAUUAAUGAUACAGCCUAUCAUCUGUAAACUGAGAUUGACUAUAUAAGUCGCAGUCCACAUUAUCCUUUGUAUCUUUAAAGGGCAGGUCUGUAUUUCUUGCUUGCUUAAGAAUAAAUAAUACAGUCUUGGAUAUUUUAUUUUAGUGACAAAUCUUUUUACUACAAAAAUAUUUCUAGGAAAGUUCAGAGAAACACGAGGUCCAACUUAGAUUUGGUUCCCUGAGAUAGAAAUUUGACUGAUGUAGGCUUUGUUUUUUAAAAUCCUCAUUAUAUGUGUAUUGGGAAAACAACAUGAUGUUUAUUUAUAGAUUUUUUUAUAUCAGUCAUAAAGUUGUAUUCAUUUCAUAUCAUAUCUCCUAUGGAAGGUUUUAUAUCAGUUUAUUUUAAUGAAGUAAAAUGAACAAAGAUGUUUGUAAGUGCAUGGUAUAGUUUUUCUGACUUCAGCUAAUAAUUUUUUAAUGUAAAGUUUCUAUUUUUAACCAAAUCAGAUCAUUUCUUCUUCUGGCUCUAUUUCAUAAGGUGGUACAGUAAAUAGGACUCUCUUGUUGAAUAGGUUAAAAUAGUCGUUUGGGUACAAGAGUGCCAUGUGCACAGUGUGGUCUUUAUGUUUGCUUGCAGUGAAUUACCAUGUACUUUAUAGUUUUAACACUUUAGAGAGAAGCAUCAUUGUAUAUUUCAAGUUGGGAUGCUAUUGAAGUAUAGUAAAAAUGGCCUCUGUAGACAGGUUUCACUAUAGAAUUAUAAAUUAUGCAUGUGUAUACCCAAAUUUCUUAUUUUGAAAUAUUGAAUAUAUGAAUAUUUAAUUGGAGUGCUGCUUUAGUGUCUUCAUAUGCUUGCCUUAAAGGAAGUGGUUUCCUUUGAUUUAUAUACAUGGAUUUAAAAAUGUGUUUGUUAUACAUAUUUGUGACUUUUCUGGAGAUGAACAACCACAAAUACUGUUAGAUAUGGAAUUUUAUUUUAAAGUGUGCUUCAGUAUGCCAAUAUGGACUUCCUUUGAAGAAGAAACCUGCCUUCUCUAAUGUUGAAUAAGAUCUACUAUAUUAGUUGUCAUGGUAACCUACCCAGCCCACAUUAUUAACAUGUAUUUGGAAUACUAGUUGUGUCAUCCAAGUGAUCUUUCAUUGGAAGACACACAUACAUGUACACAUAUGCAUUCAUGUGCACAUAUGUGAAAAUUUCUCCUGACAUCAGAAUAAUUUUUUUGGUAUUGUAGAUUAUAAUAAUAGCUAGCAUUUAUUGGGCACUUAUAUAUAGGCACAGUACUUAUAGCCCUUAUGUGAACUAUAUAUUAAUCUUCACAGUGAGAUACAGGUGUUGUUAUUAUCUUCAUUUUAUGGAUGAGGAAACAGAAUAGGAGUUAAGUAACUUGCUCAUUGCUACAUAGCUGGGAGUAAGUGGUAGAGCUGGAAUCAGGACUCAUAGUCUGACUCAAGAAUCUUUUUCUUAUUAGUUUUGUAUGCUUAGGUGGUACAAUAAAGGUUUUUAACCAGAAAUGUUUCUUUUUUCUUUUUUUUGAGAAUAUAGUUAUUUAUCUCUGAUAGGUUUAACUUGCUAAAUGCAUUUAUGUUGCUUUAUACUUAGUCAUCUUUCUUAAGCAGUGGGCAUUACUUGAGUUUCUUGGAUUUUCUGAUUUGGUUCUUCAUGUAAUCCUGUGUAGCCAAGCAGACUUAAACGUAUAGAAGAGGAACUUGUUCCUUGAGGAAAUCGUGUUUGCCUGGUCAGUGUUCCACACUCAGAUCAAGAUGUGAGAUUCUUAAGCCCAAGGGCAUUUCCAGGGCUCUGUGAAAGGUCAAAUCCGGUUUCCUUAUAAAAAAUGAUGUUAUUAUUAGGGUCAGACAUGUACGUAUUUGUUAAAAAUAUGAUUGACUGUCUCAUGCCUAAGCUUUUAUAGAAAUGACCGCAAACAUACUAUUAAAUUAACUGUGUAUUUCAACAUGUGUAUGAAAAGGACAAGAAAAUAAACAAUUAUAAUUUUAAAUAGUUAGAUGUAAUUACUUAGAAAAUUCAGGGAAACCACUGAGAGCAAGAAAGUUGUGACUUUGGUAUGAGGUGAAGGAGAAAAGAUCUUUCUAACCCUGCUUGCUCCCUGAAGACAGAGGUAGAUCUCCUUCCUGGGUUGUAACCACAUAAAGCGCUUGAGACAACACGUCAGUUAGAUAGAAUUAGGCAGCAGCAGAGUUUGGGUGAUGUCGGUAUGAGUGCCAUAAGAAACCUCAUGUGUAAAUGGCAGGGGACUAUGGAAAUCCGUCAGUUUUUAAGUUAAAAGAUUUUUCAGGUAACCAGUACAACAUGAAAUGCCCUAAAUAUAUCACUUAGGUAAUAUGAACUACUGUAAUACCUAGGAUGACCAUGUAAUUUAUCUUCAAAUACAGGACAGGUUUGAGAGUGAAAGGGUGUAUAGUCUAAGUCCCUGGUUACCAACAUCUGACUUACAGACAACUCAUACUUGCCCUUUAAUGGUAUGUAAAUUUGCCCUCACUUUGAAACAAUUGAGCCAACCCCUACUUGCAACAAAUUCUUCAUCACCUUCACCUUCACUUGGUGCACCUGCAGCUUUUAGAUCAUUGAAGUUUUUGAGCCUUUUCUUGCGCUAAACUACCAACCCGUUGCCAUCGAGUCAAUUCUGACUCUUAGCGACCCUGUAGGACAGAGUAGAACUGCCCCCUAGGGUUUCCAGGAAGCAGCUGGUGGAUUCCAACUGUGAGACUUUUGAGUAGACGAGCUCUUAACUACUGCGUCACCAGGGCUCCACACUAAAGUACAUGCAAGUCUAAAUAAGAAUCACGUGCAUCUAUUCCGACUUACCUACAAAUUCAACUUCAAGACACACUUAGAAACGGAUCUUGUUCGUAACUUGGGGACUGCCCGUACUGUAAUUAUGCCAGCAGAAUAGGUGUAAACUGGGACCCUCCUGGGCAAAUCAGGACUUAUGGUCACCUUAGUAAUGUCUCAACUUUUUAUUGAGUAAUUCCUAAUAGUUUUGUGUAUUUGUAUAGUGUAUAUUUAACAGAAAUCUUAUUUUACAUGCAAUAUCUUUAAAAAUAUUUUUCUUUUAGUAUAAAAGUGACUUCUCUUAUGGGCAGUAUUCAUGUGUUUUUGUUGGCCAACAAAGGCAGCUUGUGGCUCUGGCUUUAUAAUUUGUGACUCUGUGCCUUACAUCUUUUGUAACUAUUUUUAAGGUGGAAGUCAAAAGGGUAUUGCUAUUGGGAAUGGGAAAAUAAGUAUGGCAAUGUUGGUCUUAAUAUAGUGGAUAGUUCUCAAGUUUUUCUUUAUAUCACACUUCACAGGAUUUUGGUAUGUGAGUGUUUUGCCUUGUAAAUAUUUUAAUUGAUGACGUGUUUGACAUUGUACUGAAAACUAAUUCUGUUUCUUCUAGCUUCAGAAUUUAUAAUUUCAUUUGGACGAACUAGUGGUCAAUCUUUAAAAGCCCGGACGCAUGCCACAUAUAUUGGUGAAGUUGGUAAUUUUAUCAAAGCAUUCUUGAAAACAGCUGAUUUUCCUCGGUAAAAUCCUGUGGUGGAAGAUAGGAAUUUCUGAAAGAGAGUAACUUAAAGGUAGAUGCUCUUUCUCCAGCAGCUUGGUUGAGGGAAAACUCAGCUGGUCUCUAAUUCUUGAUUCAUCUUACUUGCUGGUCAAGACCCAUAACAAGAGCAUGCUGUCUUGAUUUGUGGAUCAAUAAAGUUUUCCUGAAAGAUAGUCACUUUUGGAGACUUUGGCCAGUACCAACAAUGUAUCAUUCCUUGUCUGAAACUAGACAUCCUCUGCAGCCAGAAGAACAAGAAGUGGGUAUUGACCCCUUGUCCAGUUAUUCCAGCAAGUCUGGAGGUGAUGCCAAUAAAAAUGGAAGAACAAGUUCUACUUCAGACUCUGAUGGGACUUUUAAUUCCUAUAGGAAAGAAUGGGAAGAACUAUUUGUAAACAACAAUUACUUGGCAACAAUAAGGCUUAAGGGGAUUAAUGGGCAGCUGAGAAGCAGCAGGUUCCGCAGUAUUUGCUGGAAGCUUUUUCUUUGUGUUCUUCCUCAAGAUAAAAGUCAGUGGAUAAGUAAAAUUGAAGAAUUAAGAGCCUGGUAUAGCAACGUUAAAGAAAUACAUAUCACAAACCCAAGGAAGGUUGUUGGCCAGCAAGACUUGAUGAUCAAUAAUCCCCUUUCACAGGAUGAAGGGAGUCUUUGGAACAAAUUCUUCCAAGAUAAAGAACUCCGAUCAAUGAUUGAACAAGAUGUGAAAAGAACGUUUCCUGAAAUGCAGUUUUUUCAACAAGAAAAUGUGAGAAAGAUUCUUACAGAUGUUCUUUUCUGUUACGCCAGAGAAAAUGAGCAGUUGCUUUAUAAACAGGGCAUGCAUGAGCUGUUAGCACCUAUAGUCUUUAUUCUCCACUGUGACCACCAAGCUUUUCUACAUGCUAGUGAAUCCGCACAGCCCAGUGAUGAAAUGAAAACUCUCUUGAACCCUGAGUAUCUGGAACAUGAUGCCUAUGCAAUGUUCUCACAGCUUAUGGAAACUGCUGAACCUUGGUUUUCCACUUUUGAGCAUGAUGGUCAAAAGGGGAAAGAAGCACUGAUGACUCCCAUCCCCUUUGCUAGGCCACAGGAUUUAGGGCCAACAAUUGCUAUUGUUACUAAAGUCAACCAGAUCCAGGAUAAUCUACUGAAGAAGCAUGAUAUUGAGCUUUAUAUGCACUUGAACAGACUAGAAAUUGCACCACAGAUAUAUGGGUUACGGUGGGUGCGGCUGCUGUUUGGACGAGAAUUUCCUCUGCAGGAUCUUCUGGUGGUCUGGGAUGCCUUGUUUGCAGAUGGCGUCAGCCUGAGUUUAGUCGAUUAUAUCUUCAUCGCCAUGUUACUCUACAUCCGAGAUGCUUUGAUUUCUAGUAACUACCAGACCUGUCUUGGCCUUCUGAUGCAUUACCCCCCCAUCGGGGAUGUACACUCACUGAUCCUUAAGGCUCUGUUCCUUCGAGACCCAAAGAGAAAUCCAAGACCAGUGACUUACCAAUUCCAUCAAAAUUUGGAUUAUUACAAAGCACGGGGAGCAGACCUCAUGAAUAAAAGCCGGACCAAUGCCAAAGGUGCUCCCUUGAACAUAAAUAAGGUCUCCAAUAGCCUGAUUAAUUUUGGAAGGAAGUUGAUUUCCCCAGCAGUGGCCCCAGGCAGUGCGGGUGGCCCUGUACCUGGUGGCAGCGGCGGCAGCUCCUCCACCGCUGGGAUUCCCACCCGGACCUCAGCAGAGGCCCCGAAGCCUCAUUUACAGCAGCAGCAGCAGCAGCAGCAGCAGCAGCAGCAGCAGCAGCAGCAGCAGCAGCAACAGCAGCAACAGCAGCAGAGGCUGAUGAAAUCAGAAAGCAUGCCAGUGCAAUUGAACAAAGGACAGAGUUCUAAAAACAUCAGUUCAUCUCCAAGCAUUGAGAGUUUGCCUGGAGGAAGAGAAUUCACUGGCUCCCCACCUUCAUCUGCUACUAAAAAAGAUUCCCUUUUUAGCAACAUUUCCCGUUCCCGCUCACACAGCAAAACUAUGGGCAGAAAAGAAUCUGAAGAAGAACUAGAAGCCCAAAUUUCCUUCCUUCAAGGACAGUUAAAUGACCUGGAUGCAAUGUGCAAAUACUGUGCAAAGGUGAUGAACACUCAUCUUGUAAAUAUUCAAGAUAUGAUAGUACAAGAAAAUUUGGAAAAAGAAGAUCAAAUUCUGGUUUCCCUGGCAGGAUUAAAGCAGAUCAAAGACAUUCUAAAAGGUUCCCUGCGUUUCAACCAGAGCCAGCUGGAGGCCGAGGAGAAUGAGCAGAUCAACAUCACAGACGACCACUACUGCUCCAGUGGUCGGGGCCAGGGCCAGGGCAGGCUGCCGGCCGGGGCUGCCAAGCAGGCCUCCUCAGAAACGCCAGGGCGCACAGAUGGAGGGAGUUCAGACGACUUCAUCCUGGUCUCCAAAGAAGACGACAGUGGCAGUGCCAGGGGGGCCUUCUCGGGCCAGGCCCAGCCUCUUCGCACCCUCAGAAUUACAGCCAGGAAAACUAAGGAGUGGCGACCUCCUCAGUUAUAUUUACAAGAAGGAGGAAGAGUUGGUUUCGUAUCUCCCUAUCAGAGCAUCAGGCAUAGGAAGAACUGGUUGAUAUCAAGAAAACUUCCUCUGUGGAAAUCUGUGACUCAGUCUACUUCAUUCCUAGCGUGGAAAGCCAUACAACAGAGCCAAAUGCAGGAGAAUGAACGAGAACUAGUGGGUGCCAGGGCUGGGAAAUCCUGUUACUGACUCAUCAGAAAGUUAUAAUGAUCUUUUGAAACAGGGUCUAAACUUAGGAAUCAUAUUUAGGUGUGAGGUCGUGUUGAAUUUUUUUGAUUUGUUGAAGAAUACAUUUCUAAACCUCAGACGGUCCCUGUCCCUCCUUAAACAAUUGCAUUUUACCUUUUAGAAUCUUUCACAGCCAGAAAACAAAGGUCACUUUUAAGCCAGUCCUUGUUGCACUGAUUUCAGAAGUUGCUAGAGUGUUACUAUUCCUUCAGUUGGAAAAUGUGUGCCUGACUUUUUGGGAUGCACAUCUUUCAGACAGUCAGUUUUCUGAUAAUGUUUUCUAGUUUCAAGGCUGUAUUCACCCGUCAACUGAGGAGUCAAGGGGGAAAGCCGAGCUCAUUCUCACCCAGAUUCAGAAGCCUUGUGGGUCUCAAGGGAGCAGUAACAGGGAGUUAGACCUGGAGCCCUUUCUGUGAGGAGCAGGGCUUCCUGGAGAACAUUUUAGAUGCCAUGAGGAUGCAGGAUUUCUGCACAGCCCCUCCUGCUGCCGGGAGCUGAGUGUGGGGGCUGCAGGACAGUGCUCAGCCGGGACGGCGUCCCAGGGCAGAGCAGGAGCAGGUCUGCAUGCCUGGGCCUUCCUGGUCCUCAUUGCAGCUUAGGAAACCAGGAUGGGCACCGAGUAUCAGAUGGGCCGUUUCUCUCCUUUGCCUGAGCAGGCAUCUUAAUGGGAAGGGAUAGGCAGUGCUGUUAGACACACUGCCCCAUUUCAGCGUCAGGAGAGAGCAGCCUCGCUCAGGGCGACUGGCUCCUUGGGCCUCUCCUCAGAGGAUGGCGAGGCCCCCAGCAGUGGAAACCUUCAUGGUGACAAGUGAAAAACUUAGUGUGAAGGAAUAGAUGCCGUUUGCAUCCCUCCCACUGCUACCCAUGCAUUUCCCUGUAGCCAGAUGUGAUAAUGACACGUCUGCCACUUGCUCUCCAGGAAAACAGUGACGACUGGCGAGUCAUCCACUGCAGAGAGGGUUCUAAUUAGCCCUAGGAUUUGUUCUGAAACUAGCAGGGAGAUCUCCUGACACAUUCAGCGGAAGGUGGGUGGUAGCUCUCUUUUUGCCGAGAUAAUGGUUGUUGGUCGUCCACAGUUGCUCGGCAGAUUUGCUGACGAAGCCUUCUGGCUCUUGAGUGGUCUCCUCAGCACCUCUGUGGGGGGGAUCUCGGAGCAGGUUGUUGCCAAGUACAUGUCCCCAGGAUGGCACUCUAGGCCCCCAGGGUCCCUGUACAGCGAGUGACCUUGCAGCUAAGCAGUGGCUGCGUCAGUGACUUUCUUACAAAGGAUAUGCUGUGAAAGUGUUUCCAGUUCUGAGGUGAGAAGUGUGGUGCUGUCCCACCGGCUCUAGGAUGGGGACUGAGAAGGGCCUCAGGGCUAGCUGUCCCCCGGCAGCUUGGCGACUGUCAGCUGCUCACCUGCAGCUUUUCCUUUGCCUUGAGAGCAACUGUCAUAAAAGCCGAGUGUCACCGGCCACCCAAGAGGCCACUGGGUGCUCACCCACCCAGGAAGCUGAGCUGGUUCCUUCAGUUGGCUGGGUGUUCAGUGGUCACUAGACACUUCUUCCUGCCCCGACUGCACACUGGAGCGGGGCUUCUCCGCUCAUGUGGCUGCCUUGGUACCACGUGAGAGCCGACGGGCUCACUCAGAGGGGCUGCUCCUUGCCCCCACAGUCCUCUCGUCCUGCAAGAAGAGAAACGCACGAGGGACAUGAGGCACGGCAGUGCCAACCCUAGUUUCCAUAGGUCCAUGGAGUUAGAGAAUUAGAUUACUGUCUUCCUUUUUUUAAGUGACUAUUUUUUAUUCUUCAUAGUUUAGCAUUGUUUGCAUUUUUACUAGUUACAGUGCCAUUAAAGAAUAUCUGUUCCUUUUUAUUAUUUUAUCAGGUACUUUUGUUUAAUUGCACAUUUUUUUAAAUCCUGAAUAUAUGAAACCUUUUUGUUUUUCUCUAACAAAUGUGGUAAUCAGUGGAACCCUCCUCUGGUUUGAUUAUUGACAGUUAAAUACAUUUUAUACGAGUGAAGCUUAGAGUAAUUCUCAUUGUCAUCUUUUUUUAAUACAUGUGUUUCAUGCAUUCCUCUUGGAUCAGAUUGGAAAUCUGAGCUAAAAUUUAUCUCUGUACAUUACAUACAGAAGUUACAGACUAGAGAAAGAAAAUAGGCAUAAUUACUUUGCCUUACCUUAUGUAUAUGCCAAGGGGUCAUUUAACACUUUAAACAUCUGAUUAUACUGGACUAAUCUCGCAAAAUGACCUCCUUCUAAUGUUCAGUGCUAACUGCAAUAUGGUAAACAAUAAUAUCACUGAAGAAUAAAUAUGACUCUAAAAAUAAACCAGGGCCUCCCUGUGAUUUGCCUUAUCUUCAUACAACUAAAUUGAAUCUUGCACAUCGUACCGUCCAGGCUGUACUAAGGAAGCUGCGGAUGUGAGGCUUGAUCGCUGGCCAUCAGCGAAUGCUUUGUCAGAGAGAUGCUGUCUCCAAGGGAUAACCGGUCCAAGCUGACCCGCAUUUAUUAUUUUUGUUUUUUAAGAAACUACCCCCAGAGGUCAUUACAGAACAGGAGUGUAGGGAGGCCCAUGUCCCUGCAUACUGCGUGGCUCCGUCCCUCCUGCUCCCGUGUGUCCAGAGCAGGGGGCUGGGGAGGCUGAGGAGGGGCUCCACGGGAACGAGGGGCGAGGGGGCCAGGAUACAGAGGACAGUAGCUGGCACGCUGGGCUUUGUCCUCACGGGCCAGAGCCACUCUCACAGUGUUACCUUCACGAGUUCUGUUUUUAUAGUGUUAGAAAGAAAUACAAAGUUCAUGUAAACAGCUUGAGACCACUUUGAUGUAAAAGUUGCCAUACAGUUGUUCUCAUAAUGGCACAAUUCAUCUGAUUUAUAUGCAAUACUCAGUUGUGCCAUUUAUAUCCUAUUGUUUUUUUCUCAUCCAGUUUUAUGCUUUAAACCCUUUAGUGACCCAGUUAUUUUCUGCUUUGAAUUUUUUGUUGAUACCAUGUGUUUUCAUUAAUGGAUGCAUGCUGAAUCAUUGAGUGUGUCUGAAUUUUUGGUAGGUCCGAUGGGUUUUUUUUUUCUUGCCCCCUCCCGCAAGCCUACCCUAAGUGUUUAGUGGUACAUAUGACCUACCAGUAAUUAUACCCCUGAGUUCCCUGCUGGGGUCUAUUGGUACAUAUGUGUAACAAAUAAAAAUUUGCAAAAUUUCUAUUUUUCCUACCAAAAAUUCAGACACCUCAUACAGUACCCUAUAAAAACAGCAAUUGGCGGUACACGCUCGUUUCCUCAGUUUCAAACAGUCAGAAAGCCCCUGCCAAGAGGCAGCAUGCACUGUCAGUGGUAGAGCAGCUUCCUAAUAAACCCCAGAGGCUGACAAAGUUCAUGGUCGCUGUAUGUACCGCUGAGCACUAAAGGGAUAACUCAUACUGACUUAAAUGAUUUGUCCUUUUGGCAAAGUGACCCCACUCAAAAUGGUUAUAAUAAAAAAGCAAUGUGGAA